AUGGACGAGCUAUUCGACGUCUUCGAAGAUAAUCCGCCCACUCCUCACGCUCCCGCAAAUGCGGAAAACAAGGCGGAUAAGAAAGAGAGAAAGCGUCUUAAGCGACAAGCUAACGGUGAACUAAAGGAAGCCGCCAAUGGAGACGACGUUCCUACUCCCUCAAGCGAUGCGAAAUCACAAUCAUCAGAGAAUCCUGACGCAGACAAUGCCAAUGGAGAUGGACCAGACGCAAAGCGCAUGCGCAUGGAAGAGGAGGCAGAACCCGUCGUGACAGAUACAUUUGAAACCGAACAGUCAAGAGAAGUGGCGGCGUCAGCUGGUUUACGGGCGUCCAAAGAGGAAGAUAAGGUCAUCCUGUCGCAUCAAGUUCGUCAUCAAGUCGCCCUGCCACCCGACUAUGAUUACGUUCCUAUCUCACAGCACGAAUCCCCGGCAGAGCCCGCCAGGACAUGGCCGUUUCAGCUCGACCCCUUUCAACAAGUCUCGAUUGCGUCCAUUGAGCGAAAUGAAAGUGUUCUAGUUUCAGCACAUACUAGCGCCGGCAAAACGGUGGUGGCCGAAUACGCCAUAGCACAAUGUCUGAAGAACAACCAGAGAGUCAUUUACACCAGUCCCAUCAAAGCCUUGAGCAACCAGAAAUAUCGAGAAUUCCAGGCCGACUUUGGUGAUGUCGGUCUGAUGACGGGAGAUGUCACUAUCAAUCCCACUGCUACAUGUCUCGUCAUGACCACGGAGAUUCUGCGUUCCAUGCUUUAUCGUGGAUCUGAAAUCAUGCGAGAAGUAGGCUGGGUCGUUUUUGACGAAAUUCAUUAUUUGCGGGACAAGGUCCGAGGCGUUGUUUGGGAAGAGACCAUCAUUCUCUUACCUGACAAAGUCCGCUAUGUGUUCCUGUCGGCCACCAUCCCCAACGCCAUGCAAUUCGCCGAGUGGAUUACCAAGACCCAUAGCCAACCGUGCCACGUCGUUUACACCGAUUUCAGACCCACCCCCCUGCAGCACUAUUUCUUUCCAGCGGGUGCUGACGGAAUUCAUCUAAUUGUGGAUGAGAAGGGCGUUUUCCGCGAAGACAACUUCCAGAAAGCCAUGAGCUCAAUUGCUGAGAAGCACGGAGACGAUCCUGCCAAUGCGAUGGCCAAGAGAAAAGGAAAGGGGAAGGACAAGAAGUUGAAUAAAGGAGGCACUAAGGGCCCUUCCGAUAUCUACAAAAUUGUCCGGAUGAUCAUGAUGAAGAAUUACAACCCGGUCAUUGUUUUCAGUUUCAGCAAAAGAGACUGCGAAGCUUACGCCAUUCAAAUGAGCACCAUGUCAUUCAAUGAUGAAUCGGAAAAGGCCAUGGUCACGAAAGUCUUCGACAGCGCAUUGGAAACUCUCUCUCCUGAGGACAAGAAUCUGCCACAGAUUCAGCAUUUGUUGCCUCUGCUGCGACGAGGCAUUGGCAUCCAUCACUCCGGACUGCUGCCCCUAUUGAAAGAGACAAUCGAGAUUCUCUUCCAGGAAGGGUUGAUCAAGGUGUUGUUUGCGACCGAGACCUUCUCCAUUGGACUCAACAUGCCGGCCAAGACGGUCGUCUUCACAAGCGUCCGCAAAUUUGAUGGCAUUGCACAACGAUGGGUGACUCCGUCGGAAUUCAUUCAAAUGUCUGGCCGUGCUGGACGUCGGGGUCUUGAUGAACGUGGAAUUGUCAUCAUGAUGAUAGACGAGCAAAUGGAACCCAACGUCGCCAAAGAAAUUGUUCGCGGCGAACAGGAUAAAUUGAAUUCUGCAUUCUACCUCGGGUACAACAUGAUUUUAAAUUUGCUUCGCGUCGAAGGAAUAUCUCCUGAGUUUAUGCUAGAGAGAUGCUUUCAUCAAUUCCAGAAUACAGCAAGCGUGUCGGGCCUGGAGAAAGAAUUGCAGCAACUUGAGGCCGAAAAGUCGGCGAUGGUGAUCGAAGAUGAGAACUCCAUUCGCGCUUAUUACGAUCUCCGAAAACAGCUGGAUGUCUAUGCUGAAGACAUGCGAAAUGUUAUUAUUCAUCCCAAUUAUUGUUUACCAUUCAUGCAACCAGGUCGCUUGGUGGAGAUCAAAGACGGCGAACACGAUUUUGGAUGGGGCGCAGUCGUCAAUUUUGGGAGGAGAUCCCCCAACAGAUCGACCGAAAAAUUGACUCCUCAAGAGGAAUGGAUUCUUGACAUUGCGUUGGAGUGCGCUGAUGGUCCGGCUCCUGCCACCAAAACGUUUCAAUCCCUCCCAUCCGGCAUUCGUCCUCCUCAGCCGGGCGAGAAGUCUCGCAUCGAGGUUGUCCCCGUCUUGCUGAAAUGUGUUCACAAGAUUUCUCACAUUCGCAUCUUUUUGCCUACUGAUAUGACCAUUCCAUCAGAGAGGAAAAAGGUUCAGACGUCGUUGGUGGAAGUGCAGAGACGGUUUCCCGAUGGCCUGGCUGUGCUCGAUCCCAUUGAGAAUCUGAAGAUUACGGACAAUUCGUUCAAGGAGCUUCUCCGCAAGAUCGAAAUCAUGGAGUCAAGACUGGUCGCAAAUCCGUUGCAUAAUUCCCCGCGACUUGAGGGGUUGUACAAUCAAUACGCAGAAAAGGUCAUCAUCGCGAACAAAAUUCGAGCGUUGAAGAAGCAGAUUCAAGAUGCCCAUGCCAUCAUGCAAUUGGAAGAAUUAAAAUGCCGGAAACGAGUUCUUCGUCGGUUACAAUUCAUCAAUGAAGACGAAGUGGUGCAGUUGAAAGCCCGUGUUGCUUGCGAGAUCAGCACCGGUGAUGAAUUGAUGCUCAGCGAGCUGUUGUUCAAUCGAUUCUUCAACGAUUUGACGGCCGAACAAUGCGCGGCAGUCAUGAGCUGUUUUGUCUUUGAGGAAAAGGUCAACGAGCAGACCAACCUGCCUGAGGACCUGGCCCGACUCCUACGAGAGAUUCAGAGACAAGCUAGAGUGAUUGCCAAGGUGUCUAUCGAGUCCAAGUUGGCGAUGAACGAGGAAGAGUAUGUGCAGAGCUUCAAGUGGCAACUAAUGCCGGUGAUGUAUGCCUGGGCAACAGGAAAAUCAUUUGGCGAGAUCUGCAAAAUGACCGACGUCUACGAAGGUAGCUUGAUUCGCACAUUCCGACGACUUGAAGAAGCACUACGUCAAAUGGCAGAGGCUGCUAAAGUCAUGGGAAGCGAAGAGCUGGAGAAGAAGUUUGAGGAGGCAUUGACCAAGGUAAGACGAGAUAUCGUGGCUGCUCAGUCACUGUAUCUCUAG